UGUUACCCCGGCUCAACAGUCCAAGACACAUUUUAAGCCCAAUGUCAUCAUCACCAAACUAACCAGAACACACAGAUCAGAUUCCGAGCACCGGAAUCAACAUCAACGAUCGUGUCCAAAUUCGCCUAACAAAUCAACCAAAACACGCUUGUUCACAAUCAACUCUCAUGGCGGAUUCUUCCGGAACCACUCUGAUGGAUCUGAUCAGUUCAGAUCCUACAUCGGUGCCUCCGCCAUCGUCUACGGCGGCGCAGGCUUCGACGGCGAAACCGCCGUCGCAUCAGCGAGCUGCCAGUCCGUUUAGUAAAGCGGUUACGGCGGUUACUACUGCUACUACUACUGACCGGAAGUCUAAGAAGUCGACCUUGAUGCAGAUCCAGAGUGAUGCGGUUUCUGCUGCGAGAGCUGCUGUUCGUAUACCGCAUAAAAGUCAUAAGAAGAAGCCGGUUUCUUAUGCACAACUUGCAAGGAGUAUCCAUGAAUUAGCUGCUUCAUCCGACCAAAAAAAGUCCCAGAGACAGUUGGUGCAUCAUGUGUUCCCGAAACUAGCUGUGUACAACUCCGUUGAUCCAUCCCUUGCACCUUCUCUUCUUAUGCUUGGUCAACAAUGUGAGGAUAGGACUAUUCUACGAUAUGUAUAUUAUUAUCUAGCAAGAAUAUUGCCUGAUACUGGAGCGCAAGGUUUAACUCCGGGAGGUGGGAUCCCUACACCAAACUGGGACGCUUUAGCUGACAUUGAUGCUAUUGGCGGGGUCACUCGAGCAGAUGUUGUACCUCGAAUACUAGAUCGACUUUCUACAGAGGCCGUAAAUCCUGAUCCUGAAUUUCAUGCGCGAAGGCUUCAAGCACUGAAGGCUCUUACAUAUGCUUCUAACAGUGAUGAGAUUUUGCAAAAAUUAUACGAAAUUGUAUUUGGUAUACUUGAUAAGGUUGCUGAUACGCCUGACAAGCGUAAGAAAGGCAUAUUUGGGGCAAAAGGUGGUGACAAAGAGUCUAUAAUUCGAAGUAAUCUCCAAUACGGCUCAAUGAGUGCAUUACGAAGACUUCCCUUGGAUCCAGGAAAUCCGAUAUUUCUCCAUCGUGCUGUGCAGGGAGUUUCAUUUUCUGAUCCGGUGGCUGUUAGACAUUCUUUGGAGAUUAUUUCUGAGCUAGCUACAAAAGAUCCUUAUGCUGUUGCAAUGGCUUUAGGGAAGCUCGCCCAGCCUGGUGGAGCUCUGCAGGAUGUUCUGCAUUUGCAUGACGUGCUUGCUAGAGUUGCUCUUGCUAGAUUGUGCCAUGCAAUAUCUAGAGCUAAAUCACUGGAUGAAAGGCCAGACAUUAAAAACCAAUUUACCUCCUUGCUGUAUCAACUCCUCCUUGAUCCCAGUGACAGAGUUUGUUUUGAGGCUAUCCUCUGUGUACUCGGGAAAUCUGACACUGCUGACAGGACCGAAGAACGAGCUCUUGGGUGGUAUAAACUAACGAGAGAAGUUCUUAAGGCCCCUGAAGCACCUUCUGUGAAGGACAAGGAUAAAUCUUCAAAGGCGAGACGUCCACAGCUUCUUAUCAAACUUGUCAUGAGAAGAUUAGAGAGUUCUUUUCGUAGUUUCUCGCGGCCUGUACUUCAUGCAGCUGCCAGAGUUGUACAGGAGAUGGGGAAAAGUCGUGCUGCUGCAUUUUCUUUGGGUGUACAUGAAAUUGAUGAAGGAGGAGAUGUUAAUACUUUCGCUGAAAGUAAUGAGCAGGAAGAUGCAAAAUCUCAACAUGAAGGUAACAAAGAUACAGUGGCAAGUCUAUUGGCCUCGUUAAUGGAGGUGGUGCGUACAACUGUGGCAUGCGAAUGUGUUUAUGUUCGUGCAAUGGUGAUUAAAGCACUUAUAUGGAUGCAAAGCCCACAAGAAACAUUUGCUGAGUUAGAAUCAAUGAUUGCAUCUGAACUCUCUGAUCCUGCGUGGUCAGCAGCUUUAUUAAAUGAUAUUUUGCUUACUUUGCAUGCUCGUUUCAAGGCUACUCCAGAUAUGGCAGUUACACUACUUGAAAUUGCACGAGUAUUUGCUACUAAAGUACCUGGAAAAAUUGAUGCUGAUGUGCUGCAACUACUAUGGAAGACUUGUCUGGUUGGAGCUGGUCCAGAUGGGAAACAUACAGCACUAGAAGCAGUGACUAUAGUUCUUGAUCUGCCUCCUCCACAACCUGGUUCAAUGUCUGGGCUUACAUCAAUUGAUCGGGUAUCUGCAUCUGAUCCAAAGUCAGCUUUGGCUUUACAGAGAUUAGUCCAAGCAGCGGUGUGGUUCCUUGGUGAAAAUGCAAAUUAUGCUGCAUCUGAGUACGCUUGGGAAUCAGCAACCCCUCCUGGUACAGCAUUGAUGAUGUUAGAUGCAGAUAAAAUGGUUGCAGCCGCUAGUUCUCGCAAUCCUACUCUAGCUAAUGCUCUCACUCGACUCCAGCGAUGUGCUUUCAUUGGCAGUUGGGAGGUUCGUAUAAUUGCUGCCCAAGCUCUUACCACGAUGGCAAUCAGAUCGGGUGAGCCUUACAGAAUACAAAUCUAUGAGUUCUUACAUGCUCUAGCACAAGGGGGUGUGCAGUCCCAGUUUUCAGAUAUGCAUAUUAGUAAUGGUGAAGAUCAAGGAGCUAGUGGCACUGGUCUUGGAUCUCUGCUUAGUCCAAUGCUCAAGGUCCUUGAUGACAUGUAUAGUGCACAAGAUGACCUCAUAAAGGAUAUGCGUAACCAUGAUAAUGCCCAAAAAGAGUGGACUGAUGACGAACUGAAGAAGCUCUAUGAGACACAUGAAAGGCUUCUAGAUCUUGUUUCACUAUUCUGUUAUGUUCCAAGAUCAAAAUAUCUACCUCUUGGGCCAACAAGUGCAAAACUUAUUGAGAUUUAUCGCAAUCGGCAUAAUAUAACUGCAUCAAGUGGCAUGAAAGAUGUUGCUGUUGCUACAGGGAUAUCCGAACUGAUAUAUGAGGCCACUAAACCAGCACCUGCGGAGCCUGACAAUCUUGAUGAUGAUCUAGUAAAUGCUUGGGCAACAGGUCUUGCUGACGAUGGUUUGUGGAACAAUGCUCCUGCAAUGAACAGGGUGAAUGAGUUUCUGGCUGGGGCUGGUACUGAUGCACCUGAUGUUGAUGAUGAGAACAUUAUAUCCAGACCUUCCAUGAGUUAUGAUGACAUGUGGGCUAAAACUCUUUUAGAGACGGCAGAAGCUGAUGAUGAUGAUGGUAGGUCCUCUGGAUCUUCUUCUCCAGAUUCUGUAGGGUCAGUUGAGACAUCAAUUUCGUCUCACUUUGGAGGAAUGAAUUAUCCUUCAUUGUUCAGUUCAAAACCAUCAACUUAUGGGUCUUCACAACCUGCGGAGAAGUCGAGUACGAGCAGAAACAGAAAGCCAUCUGGUGGGUCCUCUUCUUAUGAGGCUUAUGGCUCCCCGAUUACGGAAGAGCCACCUCCAUACUCAUCACCCGUUCACCAAAGAUACGAGUCAUUUGAGAACCCUCUGGCUGGACAGGGGUCAAGCAGCUUUGAUUCUCAUGAAGAAGAACGAUCUUCUUCAGGGAAUGUACAAUCUGGAUCAGCUCUCUAUGAUUUCACCGCUGGUGGUGAUGAUGAGUUGAAUUUAACCGCUGGGGAAGAGGUUGAAAUCGAGUAUGAAGUGGAUGGGUGGUUCUAUGUGAAGAAAAAGAGGCCGGGUCGGGAUGGUAAAUUGGCAGGUUUGGUCCCUGUUCUGUAUGUUAGCCAAUCAUGAGGUGUAUUCUGGAAGGCUGAUAACAUUGAGUAUGGUUUUUGAUGUGAUAGAAUAGGCAUUCAUGAUGUUGUGCAUUAUGUGUAGAAGUGAUGAGGUGUGUGAUUGAUUGGUUUCCAAUGUACAUUUAAGUAUACAAUUAGAAUCGUAUAAUUGCUAUUAAAUAUUAUUUUGGUGUGAGAUCGUUAUCAUGAUUGUGCUUGGA